AUGGCAGCAACGCCCUCGAACAAAAGCGUCCAAAGUGAGAUCCCCAACACGGUGCGGGUCGACUGGAAUGACGUCGACUUGGUGGCGAAGAUUCCCAGAAAGGGCAUGACAGAGGAGAAGUGCAUCCUUGGCAAAGUCAGUGGUUUUGCCCUUCCUGGCGAGCUCCUUGCGAUCAUGGGACCGUCCGGAGCCGGCAAGACAUCCCUGCUCAAUUGCUUAGCUGUGCGCACAAGCCCAACCAGCGGCAGCCUGACCUUCAAUGCGACAGAGUUUUCAGACAGUCUCAGACGGCGUGUUGCAUACGUGCAUCAGCAGGAGAUGUUACUGGAGUGCUACACUCCGAAGGAGCACUUGCUCUUCCAGAGUACUCUUAGGAUGCCGCGGGAUGUCACCUCCACACAGCGACGGGAUCGCGUAGAGAAAUGUAUCCACCUGUUAGGUUUGGAGAAAUGCCAAAACAGUCUGAUAGGUGAUAUUUAUCAAGGCAUCUCGAAGAACGAAAAGCGACGGGUCUGUUUCGCUACCGAAAUCCUGACUCAGCCAGCGGUCCUGUACUGUGACGAGCCCACCACUGGCCUAGAUAGUGUCAUGGCGGAGGUUAUCGUGAAGUACAUGAAGGCGAUUGCAUUGGAAGGGCAAAAAGGCCAAAAGGUGACCGUCAUUGCCUCCAUCCAUCAGCCAUCGUCGCAGGUAUUCCGGCUUUUUGACCGACUCCACUUCCUCGUGGAUGGUAGGACGGCCUACUUCGGUCCUGUAAAGCAGUUGGAAGCGUACUUCUCCAGCAUCGGGUACGCAAUGCCUGACCACACAAUGCCGGCUGAUUUCGUCAUGAAGCUGUGCAUCAAUCCGCGAGAUCCUGAAGGUGCUGCAAGCAGAAGGGUCGCGAUAGGUGAUGCGUGGGAAAAGCAGUGGCCGAAUGAGGAUGCUCGCUCCAACGAUGCUCCCAUCACGGUGAUGGCCAAGAACGCCACCUCGGAAAGUCCGGAUGAUGGUCGUGGCACCAGUUGGUUCAUGCAACUGAUGUACCUCACAAAGCGAGAAGCCAUAAUGAAGAUGCGAGCAAAAGCAGAGCUACGGUCUUCACUCAUUCGGACCAUUGUGCUGGGGCUGAUGUUUGGUCUGACUUUCUUCCGAAUUGAGAAGACACAAACGGCACUCUUUGCGCUGAAUGGCUGCAUUUUCUUUGUUAUGAUGAUGCAGGUGAUGAACACAUGCAUGGGUGCUUCGAUGGCAAUCCCGACUCGAUUGCCGACGCUCAUCCGCGAACACCGAAAUGGAGCAUACUCGGUGCCUGCUAUCUACCUGAGUAAGCUUCUGGCCGACAUCCCAUUUGACUUCGCAAUUGCCCUGCUUUGGGCGACAAUGAUGUUCUGGAUGGUCGGUUUCCGCAACUCUUUCGAGAAUUAUUGCUGGUUCUUUCUUACUGUCUACCUCCUGACUUGCGUUGCAACUGGUGUCGGCUACUUGGGCGGCUACCUCGCACCGAUUGGAGCUGUGGGCAUGAUGAUCGUGCUCCUCAAUGUCAUGCCUCAGAUGAUGAUGGGCGGCCUUUUCAUCAAUUUGGACUCUGUUCCUGUGGGGUUGGUGUGGCUGAAAGCCAUAUCUAUGUUCCGGCACAGCUUUGAGGCUUUGAUGAUCAACCAGUGGCAGGACUUUGGCGACCUGCCGUGCAACGGACCCUGCAUCGCACAGAACGGUGAGGAAGUACUGGCCUGGAGUGGGAUCAAUCCAAGCACUGCCAGCUAUUUGGUAUCGAUGCUGUACUUGUUGAUUCCGCUCUGCUGUUACCAUGGCCUGGCCUUCUUCUUCCUGGUUCGUCGAGCCCGCCCGCGCCAGUUUGAGGGCGCUGCCCCGGAGGAUGACACAAAAGGCGAGCUUCGCCGUCAGGACGAAGAGAAGCCAAAGUUGACUGACAUACCUCGGCCCGAGCUCUUAAUGGCCUGGACAAAUUUGGCUAUUGAGGUCCAGAGAAACGAAACUGGGAAAACGCAGACCGUGCGCGUGUUGGACGGUCCUAGCGGUCACCUGGAGCCAGGACAACUCUUAGCCAUUAUGGGGCCGUCAGGCUCCGGGAAGUCAACCCUCUUGAAGUCCAUCGCGGGUAUUGGUGAACUAGCGCUGCUGCCAGGAUCCAGCGUAAAGGUCAAUGGUGAUGACUGGACGCCGGGAAUGCGCGAUCACAGUAGCUUUCUCUUUCAAGAUGAGCAGCUUUUCGCGGGACUCACCGUCCGCGAGCACUUGCUCUUCCAAUGCCGGUUCCGCAUGGGAAUGUUCACAAAGGCUGAAGGCCAACAACGCGUCGACGCGCUGAUCACAGAGCUGGGUCUGGCGAAGUGCAAAAACACUCUCAUUGGCAAUAUCGGAGCAGGAAUUUCAGGCGGUGAGCGCCGACGCUUGGCCUUCGCCACGGAGUUGUUGACCGAGCCCGCUGUGCUAUUUGCAGAUGAGGCGACCAGUGGUUUGGACUCUGCCAUGGCGUACAACGUUUGCAAGAUGUUGAAGGAUUUUGCGCGCGGUGAGGGCUCCUCGCGGAAACGGACUGUCUUCGCCACGAUCCACCAACCAAGUGAGGAGGUCUUCAACUUGUUCGACAAGGUUUUGCUGUUGGUGGACGGCCAGGUGGUGUACCAGGGAUCGCCCUCUGAGGCUUUGGGUCACUACGGCUCCCUUGGCUUGGCUUGCCCCCAUGACGAAAGCCCUGCGGAUUUCUUCAUGCGCUGCGUGGCCGUGAAUGCGGGCGAGGAAGAAGCGAGGCAAGAAGCCCGAGUGAAUGUACAAAAGCUUCUUGGAGCUGUACGGAAGGAAGACGUUCCAAAAGUGCCUCUGAAGCAGGGGCAAGAGCAGUCCUUGCAGACCUCUGCGUUGGGAGCUUUGGCGGCGCUUGUCCAGCGCGAGUUCCUCUUACGCCGCCGGAGCAAAAUUCUGUUCAAGGCAGUCAUCGCUCGAACCCUUUUGAUGGCUAUUCUGUUUGGUGCUCUCUACUGGCAGAUUCCGAGCAACCAGGCCUCUUGGCAAAGCAUCAUGGGUUUGCUAAACAUGAUGAUGAUCAAUACCUUCAUGACGGCCGGCUUUGGCCUCACCCAAGAGUUGCCAUUGGCCUUGAGACCGGCAUUGCGGGAAUCCACUGCGGGCAUGUACUCCAUCUCUGCUUGGUUCUGGUCUAAAGUCAUCGGCGACUUCCCUGUGGAUACUUUGGCUCCGAUCUUCCUCUCCUCUGCUGUGUUCCUGAUGACAGGGCUUGGAAAGACUGUGGAAUCGUAUCUUGUUUUCGUGCUGCUGACCGUGCUCGCUUCGCAUAUUGGUUCAGCUUGGGGCUACCUUUGCAGCAUGAUCGGUGGCAGAACUGAGUAUGCAUUUGCAACCUUCUUGCUGACGAUCUUCCCUUUCCUUACUUUCAAUGGAUUUCUCAUCACUACGGAGAACAUCCCCGUGUACUUCAGGUGGAUCGAAUUUGUUGGCCCAUUCAAGCCAAUCUUUUCUGAGUAUGCAUUCGCCAUUUGGGACAGUCGUGGUGUUCUUGAAUGCCCACAGCCACCAUGUCUUGCGGAUGGAGCAGCUGUACUAUCCUUUUUUGGCUUGAAGCGGGAAGACCAAGCCAAAAACUGGAUGAUCAUCGUUUGCUAUUUGGUAAUGGCACGGCUGCUGGCAUGGCUGGUUUUGUUGCUUCGGGUCGAGAUCACCAAGCGACGACUGCGUGGCCACCAGACCAAGGUGUCGGCCAAGCAAGUUUCGGCAGAGGCUUGUGAGGAUGCCGCUGCAAUCUCCAACGAACCGUGA